GCCCAUUUUACUCUCUCAUCACACCAUACGCAUUUGUCUCUCUCUCUACACUAUUUCUGUUAAUCGAUGGAGGCCUUGAAUGAGAAGAAGAGGGGCAGAGGUGAAUCGGAGGAGGCGGAGCUGGAGAUUUACUCGCCGGAGGUGAAGCGGCUCCGGGAGAAUCUCCUGGAUGGAUUUGACGACGAGGUCGAGUUCUGCGCCGCAGCUCAGGAUCUCGACUUGUUCAUGAAGAGCUUCGAGGAGGAAAUCAUCGCUUCUCCUGGGGAAGCUGUCGAAUUGGUCGAUCUCACGUCGGAUUCCGGCGAUUCGCGGCCGGAUCUAGGGUAUUUGUUGGGGGCUUCUGAUGAUGAGCUCGGGCUUCCGCCGACAGCGUCUUCUUCCUCUUCUUUGGAAGUGACUGAGUUGGUCCGUGUUGAGUCUGACUCGUCUGAACUCGGGAGCGAGUUCUGGGAGAUGCCGGGUUAUGACUCGUUCGAGUUCGGACUCGGGGAGCCGGAGUCGAACUAUGGGAGCGGCAACGGUGAAUACGUGGCGAUAGACGGGUUGUUUGAUUACUCGGAUUUGGGUUUCGGGUCGGGUGAUUUUGGAUGGACACCCGAAACACUGCCAGCCCAAUAGCACCCUAUGAUGCUAGUUUGAAAAUUAGGCGAAAAAUAUACUGUUAAUAUCUCUUUAUUUUUUUAUACUUGAUGGAAAUAUUGUUUAAUUAGGCGUAACUAACUCGUAAGUCGGGAUCUAAACAAUUUGGUCGUUAAGCGAAUUUGGCGUAUAAAAAAUGCUUUGUAAUUGAAUUUCACAAUGAAGUUAAAGAGUCUUUGAAGAAGGUAA